AUGUGCGGUUUACUGAAGGAAUGCCUCCUGCAACGUUACUUCAGUAAGGAGCUUAGAUGCAGUAUUGAGGGAUCAGAAUCAGAAGUAAUACUGACUUGCCGAAGACUUCUGGAUGAAAGGCAAAGUUUAAAUGUCAUGCGUUUUCUUCAAGCAGUUAAUGCAAGGCGCGACCUCAGUGAGGGACUAAAGAACUUGCAAUGCAAGACACUUAUAUUUGCAGGAGAGAGUAGUCCAUUCCAUGCCGAGUCUAUUCACAUGAGUACAAAAAUGGACAGCAAAAUCUGUGCACUUGUUGAGGUUGAGGCUUGUGGCUCACUAGUAACAGAAGAACACCCAAACUCCAUGAUAGUACCAAUUGAGUGUUUCUUAAUGGGUUUUGGCUUCCACAGACAACCACAUUUUGCUUCCUCAUCAAGCAACGGUUCAAGUCCAGCAAGCCCCUCUAAUCAUUCAAUCAUGUCACCAGAACUCCUCUCUCAAGAAAGUUUAGGAAUUAAGCUAAAGCCUAUCAGAACCCGUGUUCAUGUUGAAACCUGA